CUCGAUAGGUUGGCAAACGAAUUCAUGGGUUGAGCCUUGAGGACACAGAUCCGAUCUGAGAGACCAAGAGGAAAAUAUAUGAAAAAGUAAAAACAAAAUUAAGUUUCCGAGCUGCGAAGAAAAGAAAGAAAGAAACAAGGAAAACAGAUUUCAAGAUCAGAUUCUCACUUCUCGCUUUCCCUUUCCCGUCGCAAGUCACCGCCAUCAGAUUUCCUCACCGCCGGCGAAACUCCAUCGAACUGAAGUCUCCGCUUCACAAUUGAAGUCAUCCAGCCCCUAGAAAACAAAUGACUACAUCUUUGCACCAGCGGCCCCUCCCCUCCGCAUUCUCCGACCGAUUCCCGGCAUCCCUUCACUACUCGAACCUUCCUCACAGGCAAAUUUCAAUCUUCAGCCGCGCCGGCCUCUUGGCGUUACUCUCCCUCAUGUUAAUCCUUGGCGUAAUCGUGCCUUGGGCGGAUAUGCCGGGCGGGAUCUUCUCCGCAAACAAGUCUUCAGUCCAGCAAUGGCGUCGGUACACGCUGCCUCAAGCCGUGUCGUUCGUCGCCAAGAACGGUACCGUGAUUGUCUGUGCAGUGAGCCGGGCUUACUUGCCGUUUCUCAACAACUGGUUGAUCAGCAUUUCCAGGCAGAAGCGCCAAGAUAUGGUCCUCGUGAUUGCGGAGGAUUACGCUACACUGGAUUUGGUGAAUCAGAGGUGGCCUGGCCAUGCCGUGCUAGUUCCCCCUGCGCUUGAUGCACAGUCUGCCCAUAAGUUUGGCUCUCAGGGUUUCUUCAAUUUCACGGCCCGAAGACCUCAGCAUCUCCUGCACAUUCUGGAGCUUGGUUACAGUGUUAUGUACAAUGAUGUGGAUAUGGUGUGGCUAGGAGAUCCCUUCACUUAUUUGCAGGGAAGCCAUGAUGUUUACUUCACUGAUGACAUGACUCCAGUGAAGCCUCUGGAUCACUCCCAUGAGUUACCACCUCCAGGGAAAAAAGGCCGCACGUACAUUUGUAGUUGCAUGAUUUUCCUUCGCCCUACUGCUGGAGCAAAACUAGUUAUGAAGACUUGGAUAAAGGAACUUCAAGCUCAGCCUUGGUCUAGAGCAAAGAAAGCAAAUGAUCAACCUGCUUUUAACUGGGCCUUAAACAAAACUGCUGGACAGGUGGAUCUAUACCUGCUUCCACAAGCUGCAUUUCCAACGGGUGGUUUGUACUUCAAGAAUAAAACAUGGGUGCAAGAAACGAAAGGGAAGCACGUAAUUAUACACAACAAUUACAUAAUUGGUUUUGAGAAGAAGAUAAAGAGGUUCCACGAUUACGGCCUCUGGUUGGCAGAUGAUCAUGCCAAUGAGUCUCCAUUGGGCAAGUUAUAGCAGCAGCUUCAUGCUUCAGGGACUCUUAAUUACCUUCUGUUUGCGCGAGAAUACCGGAAGAAUGACAAAGUAUCCACGCUAGGUGAAUCCUCACCCAUCAUGUAGCCCACAGCUCAUGAAAGUCUUACUGGAGAGUUGGAAGCCAUCAUUAUAUCCAGGCAAGGGAAGCGGAGCUGGUUGAUUUGGCCCUCUUAUUUUCAUGAAAGUCAGUUGGGGGGGAAUCCAGUCAGCAACUAGCAUGAGAUAAUAGAGCGCGAUCCGGUUGGAAAAAGGGUUAGCUUUCUUUGAAUUCUUACUCCAUGGGAGUUUUAUCGUGUAAGAAGUGCAGAAACCAUCUGAAUCUGAAUCUAUUCCAAUGAUAUUCAUUUUAUUCUCUAGUUCGAUGUUGAGCAUUAUAUAGAGCAACUAUGCUUUGCUUACAUGUUAAAAGAGCCUCAACUAAGCCAAUUCCAUUCGACUUGCCUCAACAUGACAGUUGAAGUUGAGCAUUAUAUAGAGUGACUAUGCUUUUGCAGGUCAACUCUUACUACUGCAGAGAACCCCGUGUUUCAUGAGAGAAUGAAGCAUGUCAAAGUCGACUACCACUUCAUUCGGCAACAUCUUCAGUCAAAUUUGUUUGCUAAGACUCUCAGUCGAACUCACAUUUGUUAUCUGCUCAAGCUUGGAGUAGCUAGUGGUUGAACUGCAAAACAUGUAUCUCGCUGUGUAAUAGUUAAAUAAUGUGGAGGUGCCCAAAAUAAUAUUGUGUAAACAAAGAUAGG